GGGGCGGCAGGAGGGCGCCCUGCAGGUAGCAGGAGAAGAGGACGGUGCGCAGCGCCGCCCAGAGCAGGCAGAGGAAGAGGCAGACGGAGCGGUAGCUGAGCCGCUUCUCCCGGUAGUAGAGGAGCAGCCAGAGCUGCAGUGGGAUAUUUUGGGUCCUUUCAGAACAUGGCAGCGCUCUAGCACUGAGCAUGAAGUCAUCGGACUGGUUCGACUGGGAUGCAUUGGGAUUCAGAAGAGAAGCCCCCCGGAACCCCAGGUUGCUUGGGAUGCCAUCGUGCCACGUGGGCCCCCAAAUAUUUAGCAGAGGCGGGCAACUGGGAUCUGCCAACUUCGCAACUGGGGGAGAGGCGAGCAGCCAUCUGGAAGGCAACGGCUGCACGUGGAGAUCUGGGCUCCCUGCGCCAGCUGUAAACCACUGAAGUCAUGUCAUGGCCAAAAACGAACGGGUGGGCAACCCCUUUCUCUCUCCUCUUCUUAUGGGCUUCCUACAUGUCUACAACAAGCCAGGCAGAGGACAUAGUGGCCCUGGAACAUCUCAGCAGCUUGCAACCAUCCAAAGCGUCUUUGGUUUAUUUUCGGAGGGACACUUCUCCAUCUGCUGAGAUGUUCUUGGAACAGCUGGAGAAAUCCACGGAAGCGCUCCGAGAUUAUGGGAUUUCAGUCCUCAAGGUCAACUGCCACAGUGGAAAAGCAUCGGGUUACUGCAGAGAUGACAGCUCAGUGGGGAAAGCAUAUCUGUUCAGGGGACACAUGCUGCUUCGUGAGCUCCCCACGGACGCCUUGUUCAGUGUGGAUGCCAUUGUGGCCAACGUGCUCUUUGCUCUCCUUUUCAACGAAGUGAAAUACAUCGCCACCCUAGCAGACCUCCAGAAGCUGGAAAACUCUCUGAAGGGCCACUGGGACCUUGUCUUUGCCUACGUGCAGGCUGUUGGGACGGCAGAGCACAGAGCGUUGAUGGAGGCUGCUUUCGUCUACGACUCUCUUAAGUUUGCCUUGACCACGGAAGUGAUGGUUUUGAGGAGCAUUCGCAGUGGAGAGCCGGACGUGCCAAGCUCUAAGCUCUUUUUCUGCCACUGCAAAGUGGCCACGGAUCUGGACCAGCCGUGCCGGAGGACUCUGAUGGGGCACCCGAUGACCACGCUGAACAUCCACAAGUUCCUGAAGCUGAUGGGGGAGCCCCUCGUGGCAGAGGCUACAGAAGACCCAGAAAAGGUUUCUACCACUCACCUCCACCUGGGCCUUCCGCUGAUCUUCAUCCUGACCCACGAGGAAACCUUUCAGGCUGAUAAAGGAAUUGCAGAGUUUGUGGCCUGGCAGCUGCUGGGCAAAGCUGGAGUCCUCCUCUUGUCAAGGAGCUCCGUCAGCCUGGAUGUUCUUCUUCCCCGGUAUAACGUUGCCCUCAAGACACCCGAAGAGGGUGCGCCUGUUAAAUACUUGGUUCUGAAAGACAUGGAUGAGAUCAUAGCCUUGGUGGAAAAUGGCAAGCAGAGCGAACCCACACAGGAACGUGAGGAGGAGGAGGAGGAGGAAGAGGAGGAGGAGGAAGAAGAUGGUGAGAACUACGAACAAGAGAUCCAGGACGACGAGGUGGUGGAAUCGGUCGUCAGGGACCGGAAGCGUGAACUUCCUCUUGAGCACAUCCAGACCCUGACGGAGGACUCCUUUGCCCCUGCUCUGGCAAAGACCAACUCCACAGCGGUGCUCUUCUAUGCCAGCUGGGAAGCUGUCUCCCUGGUCGUGAUACAGUCCUACGCCGAAGUCGCUGCCCGUCUGCAAGGGACUCCUGAGAUUACGCUUGCGAGGGUCAACUGCUGGGACUGGCCAGACCUCUGCAAACAGCAAAAUGUCACCCAGUUUCCGACCAUCAAGAUGUAUGUGGAAGCGGGGAGGUGGCUGGUCUACUCUGGGAUGUGGGGAGUUGAGGCGAUGCUAAGCUUCAUUGAGCUAAGCAGAACCUCCUGUCCGGUGAAGUUGACAACGCCCGAAGAGGUGGAAGACUAUUUAAGGGUCAAAACUUCAGUUUCUGUUUUGGGACUGUUCGACUCGAGCAUGAGUGAAGCGAGAGAAGCUUUCGUUGGAGCCGGAAGAGUCCUCAGUGGAUACGUCACAACAGGAAUCUAUGACGAAGAGGAUGCCGAGAUUCUGUCCCAUAAAUAUAAGGCGCCCCUUCCAGCUUUGCUGGUUGCUAGGCCCGAGGCGAGGACGGUCAUCCACCUCUCAAAGCUCAGUGUGCAAGACAUGGUUGAAGUUAUCCGCCGUGCAUUACUGGAAACCUUUCCCGAAAUCACCGUGGGCAACCUCCCGGAGUACUUCCAACUGGAGAAACCUUUGCUCCUCCUGUUCAGCGAUGGGGCUCUGGGUGAAAGCCAUGAAGGAGAAAUGAGGCGUUUGGCCACAGAAGAGCGCCGGGAAGAGUUUGUUCCCUGCUCGAUGAACCUCAAAAACACCCCUGCAGGAAGAGGAAUCCUAAAGGCCUAUUUUGGGAGCUCCGUCCCUCCGCUGCCUCUCCUCCUCUGGAUCAACCUCCAUUCUGGGGGUCAAGUGUUUGCUUUUCCUCCGGAUCAAUCGGUUUCUGAAGCAAACAUCUUAGCUUGGAUCAAAAAGCUGAAAUCUGGCCAAGAAGUUCCGAGCACUGUCCUGUCGGGUGACGAGUGGAAGCCCCGCCUCCCCGCCUACGACUUCCUGAGCAUGAUGGAACCGUCGCUGCCGGAAUUUACCAUCUACAGCCGGGGGAGCGUUGGAACCUACCAGAAGGAAGAGGAGGAGGAGGGGGGCCCCAGAGGAAUGGCAUCAGCGGGGGCAGCAAGAGAGGACCCCACGGAAGACUCUAUCGUAUCUGAGCUGGAGAAAGACCAGCCGACUGGAGGGGACCUGAGAGGAACAGCCCCCCGCCUGGCAGCAAGGGAGAAGCAGGCGAAACGCCACGCCGAGCUGUGAAAUUCGCAGAAUUUUUCGGAAGCAGGAAACGGGCAGCAUGGCCCAGGGGUGAUGGGAAUUGUAGUCCACCUGGAGGGUCCUUUGGUGCCGGUGACUCCUGCUCUAACCUGCGACCAUACUCAGAUUUGCUGGUUUUCCCCCCAGGGCAUCGCCAGAAGCUUCUCUCGGUCCUUUCCGGUCCGGGGCUGAAACCUUGACCCUUGUGUGGGCAAAAUGUAGUUCCACCCCUGAGCUGCGGCCUCUCAAUCUCCGGGCAGGUGUAGGAGCAUCUUCCGGGACAUGGAAAAUGGCGACCUCAAUGGUGGCGGCUUGGUGUUGUCUUCUUCGCCGAAGGAUUUCAGCUGACUUCUCUUGAGGCCUCACCAGAGCCUGUGUGUCCUCCUCAUACCUGCCAAGUCCCUGCCUGAGAAAUAAGGAACUGGACCAGAAGUAGCAGACCGGAAGUCGCGCUGCAGCCAUUUUGGAACUCGGCAGAGCAGCAUCAAAAGUCGCUUCAGAGCAUGCUCCGCCCAGUUCCAAAAUGGCCGCUGUGCCAGAAUAAACCGGGGGAAAACAAAAAAAAUUCUGUUUUUUCGGCUGGGAACAGCUGAAAAAAUGGGGGUUUCCCGGGGAAAACGGGAGACUUGGCAGCUAUGGUCCUCCUGCCCUUCUUUCGGAGGUCAUUUGUAAACUCUUGGUGUCUUUUGUUCCAAAAUGAGCCUACGUUCUGGAGCCAGGAGGAGCCUUGUUUUGGAAGGUUUGUGUAUGUGUGGUGUGAGAGAGGAAUUAUGGCUCCUACACGUGAGCUGUUCUUCGAGAACUCAUUCUGAUUUGCUUGCACAAACUUGUAGAGUUGGAAGGGACCUCGAGGGUCGGGAGUCCGGGUGCCUUCAAUGCAGGAAUCUUUUGCCCAAUGUGGUGUUCGAACCCACGACCCUGAGAUGAAGAGUCUCAUGCUCUACCCAUUGAGCUGUCCCUGCCUCACAGAGGUUAGACUGUAGACACUUCCAGGCGGUUGCUGUUUUGGGUGGGAUUCAAUCACAUAUUGGCAAAUUGAGGUUGCACAAUUGAUUGGCAGGUCUUGUGCAACGAACCAGCCUUAGCUCAGUUGCAGAGCUUCUCCAUGUAGGGGUGAGAGGAGCCCUUUUCCUGAAACCCUGGAGAGCUGCUGCCGGUCAGUGUAGGCAAUACUGAACUAGAUGGACCAGUGGUCUGAUUCAGUAUAAGGCAGCUUCCUAGUAUUCCAAAAGAUGUGUGUUUGUGUGUGAAGGGAAGGAGUGGGAAAAUGCUCUGGAAAGUCUGUGGGAUCACAGUUGCGUUGACGCAACUUCGCCUAACGUCCCUGCAAACAAGCCAGUGUGAGCGCUCAUUAAAUAGCCAAUGUUAUCUAAUCUCCCUACAAACAAAUCAGGCCGAAUGCUCAAUGAGCACGUCGGCCAGAAGCAACCUUUAUCCAGUCUUUAUCGAGCAUUUGUUCAGAUUUGUUUGCAAAGUGGCAACGCGACAAUGAGCAUUCCUCUUGGUUUGCUUCCUCGAUGGUUCCGUGGCUUCCCAUUAAGCACCCACCCACCCUUUGCGGCGCAUUCCCUGUCGCCUUGCCAACCCCAAAAAGCAGCAUGCUGUUCCUGUUGCAGAACGUAGUUAAUUACAGCCAUACCUUGGAUCCCGAACGCCUUGGUACUCGGACAUUUUGGCUCCCGGAUGCCGCAAGCCCGGAAGCGACUGUUCCUGUUUGCAAACAUUCUUUGGAACCCGAAUGUCCAACCGGAAGCCAUGCCUUGCUUUCUGAAUAUUUUGGAAGUCGAACAGACUUCUGGGACGGAUUCCGUUAGACUUCUAAGGUACGGCUGUAUGGCGAAAACAGGCCCUAUUGAAAGCACUCGGGGGGGGGGGAAGCGGAGGGCGCCCAGAGCAGAAUUGCUCGAUGGGUAAAAUCCCCUCCCCAUGGGGGGUGCCCAGGGGUGUGAUGCGAUAGCAACUUUCACAAUUCUGCCACCUUGUAAAAGAGCCAGCUGCUGGCUGGCAUUCAUUCUUCACAUGACCAAGAACUGGCCCUUGAUGGCUUCCAGAUGGGGCUGAUAGUUGAGAGCGGUUUUAAUGGAGCUCUUGUUAUCCGGACCCAGCUGGAGCUUGGACCUGUAAAACCCUAAGUGCCGCUCGUGAUUAAUAGAGCUUGCUGAGCUGGGACCUGAAAGCUUUUAUGAGCUCAUGGGGGAAAGCUGGUCCACUAGGCAUUAAUUUUAUCUUGGGGGAAUGACAUUAUACAUAUGGCUAUGCUUUAUGCCGCCUUGAAUGGAGGCUGUAAGAGCUCAGGGGCCAGGUGAACAGCAGCUGUAGGCAAACAGUGCAUUUGUUAUUGCUUUUAAACUGGCCUCAGUCCUAAGAUCAAGGAAGGCAUGUGCCUAGAGCCCUGAUCCGCCUGCGGUCCCCUAAAUGCCUCUCCAGAGUGUCAGGGGACUCUCCUGAAGUCCUGGAGAACCACUGCUGGGCAGUUUUGACAGUGCCGAGCUCGGUGGUCCCGUGGUCUGGCUCAGUAGAAGGCAGUUUGCUACGUUCCUGCUUUCCCCCACUGAUGAAAAGCGUCUGCGGAGGGCUGGGCUGGCCGCUACUGAGCAUUGUGGGAGAACUGCAAGGAGGAGAUGGGAUAAACUUACGGAUGUCUUCUCUUCUCCAGGCUUUGUAAUAGUGUGAUGUUGAAUGUUCAUUAUCUGACCUACACCAGACAGCCCCAGGGUGGCUUGCAGCAGUAGAAAUCACAGCGUUAAAAAAACAGUCACAGCUAGAGUGGGUCUCUCCCCCUCCCCCUUUGUGUAUGUGUAUAAUCAAGUGUCAAAUUUUAGGAUUCUAGCCAAUAUAUCUUCUUGUGCACAAGACUGCCCUGGUAUCCACAUCUCUUUCAGCUCU